AUGGCAAUAUGUUGCGGGGGCAAGAAGCAAAAGGUAUCACACUCAAUAACAAAUUCUAUUAAUAAUCGACGUUCUUCUGACAAACAUAAUGGUGAUUAUCAACAUCAAAGUUUAAAAUCGAAAUCAUCCUCUGCAAAUCAUUAUCGUUCACAUUCACAUUUUAAUCAUCGUCAAACAAUUUCAAUGCCUCACGACCUUUCACGUUCAUCAAUAAAUUCCGCAUCAUCAUCAGCUCUUACCUAUUCCUAUGAUACAUCACAAAGAUCAUCAACAGCUAAUAAUAAUCAUUAUUCUCAUAAAAAUUCAAAAAAAAUGGAUAUAGAUGAUGAUGAUGAUGAUGAAUUUACAAUGCAAAAUAAUAAUAAACAACAACAAAAACUUGAUCAUUCAUAUCAUUUACCACAACAACAAAAACGUCCAAUUGUUCAUGCUGAUAUGAUUUUUUAUUGCUUUGAAAUAUUAGGCAAUUAUUUAUUUAAUGGUAAACAUCGUUCAUCAUCGUCAACAACAAAUAAUAAUCAAUUAAUUCCAACAAAUAUUCUUCCUCCAAAACUACCUGAUGAACCAUAUCCAUUAUUUGUCACAUGGUUUAUUGGAUCCGACAAACAAUUACGUGGAUGUAUUGGUACAUUUUCACCAAUGAAUCUUGCUCAUGGUCUUCGUGAAUAUGCAUUAACAUCAGCAACUAAUGAUAGUCGAUUUUCACCAAUAUCACGUGAUGAAUAUCCAUUAUUAUCAUGUGCUGUAUCAAUUUUAACAAAUUUCGAACCAUGUUCAUCUUAUUCAGAUUGGGAUAUUGGUCUUCAUGGUAUACGUAUUGAAUUUUUUAAUGAACGGGGUUCAAAACGUUCAGCAACAUAUUUGCCUGAAAUUGCAUAUGAACAAGGUUGGAAUCAUAUUCAAACACUUGAUUCAUUAUUACGUAAAGGUGGUUAUAAAGGUUCUAUAACAUCUGAUAUGAGAAAAAGUGUUCAAGUAACACGAUAUAGAAGUGAAAAAUUGACAUUACAUUAUAAUGACUAUAUACAAUCAAAAGGAAAUCCAUCAUUACCAACAACAUUUGCUUAUACAACAACAGUACGACAACAAUAUUAG